AUGGGUUUUACUGGUAUGGAUGACAAACCCCAUGCUGUGUGCAUCCCAUACCCAGCUCAAGGUCACAUAAACCCAAUGAUGAAACUAGCAAAAGUCCUUCACUACAGAGGCUUCCACAUAACUUUUGUCCACACUGAGUUCAACCACAAACGGUUACUCAAGUCCAGAGGCCCGAACUCCCUCGACGGCUUUCCGGACUUCCGUUUUGAGACCAUCCCCGACGGACUCCCUCUUUCGGAUGCCGAUGCCACCCAAGACCUCCCUUCUCUCUGUGAAUCCACUUCAAAGACUUGCCUGAAACCUUUCUGUAACCUCAUUUCCAAACUGAACGACUUACUGUCAUCCAACAUCCCGCCGGUGAGUUGUAUAGUGGCCGACGGUUGCAUGAGCUUCACUGUCAAAGCUGCUGAAAAGUUUGGAAUCCCUGAAGUACUAUUCUGGACGCCAAGCGCUUGUGGGUUCUUGGGUCAUACACAAUACAGUCGUCUGGUGGAAAGAGGACUAAUACCACUCAAAGAUGUGAGCUAUUUAACAAAUGGGUAUCUGGACACAACUAUAGAUUGGAUACCAGGAAUGAAAGACAUUCGAUUGAGAGACCUUCCAAGUUUCAUCAGAACAACAGACUCAAAAGACAUCAUACUCAACUUUCUUAUGAGUGAAGUAGAGGCCCUUGACAAAGCUUCUGCUAUCAUUCUGAACACUUUCGACGCCUUGGAACAAGAAGUACUGGAAACUCUCUCGGCCAUGUAUCCUCGUGUAUUCAGCGUCGGUCCUCUCCACUUGAUGGUCAAUCAGAUUUCGGACGAAAGCUUGAAAUCUAUUGGCUCCAAUCUUUGGAAAGAAGAAUAUGAGUGCAUGGAAUGGCUGAACACAAAACAAACCAACUCAGUGGUGUAUGUAAAUUUUGGAAGCAUAACUGUCAUGACACCACAACAACUCACUGAAUUUGCAAGGGGACUUGCUAAUAGCCAAAAACCAUUCUUGUGGAUAAUAAGGCCUGACUUAGUAACAGGUGAGAAUGCCAUUUUGCCAGCUGAGUUUUUGCAUGAGACUAAAGAAAGAGGCAUGUUGGCAAGUUGGUGCCCACAAGAGCAAGUCCUUAACCACGCGGCGAUCGGAGGGUUCUUGACGCACAGUGGGUGGAACUCAACGUUGGAGAGCUUAUCUGGUGGGGUGCCGCUGAUCUGCUGGCCAUUCUUUGCCGAGCAGCAGAUGAAUUGCCUAUACAGUUGCAGGGAAUGGGGCAUAGGCAUGGAAAUAGACAGUGAUGUUAAGAGAGUGGAAGUGGAGAAGCUUGUGAGGGACUUGAUGGAGGGAGGCAAAGGAAAGGAGAUGAAGGAGAAGGCAAUGGAGUGGAAGAGGAAAGCAGAAGUGGCUACUGGACCUGAUGGUUCUUCCCAACUUCACUUGGACAAAUUGGUCAAUGAGGUUCUCUUGUCAAAGUGAUUGAAAGAAAUUACUUUCUAGUUUCAAGAAGUGUUCUGGCUUUGUGUGUGUGUCUGUUUUUUUUCAAUCCUUUUUUGUUAUAUAUUUGUAAUUAA